AUGGGGGUAAAUUCUAACAGAGUGGAAGACCUUCCCUACCAUGAAACCACAAUCAGAAUCCCAACAGAAGCAAUGCCACCCCUUGAAAUUCACAGUGUUUGCCUCCCUCCAAAACAGACCACCUUGCAAAAACUCAAGCACAGGCUUGGUGAGAUCUUUUUCCCAGAUAACCCACUUCACAGAUUCAAGAACCAGACUUGGUUCACAAAACUUCUUCUGGGUCUUCAGUUCUUCUUCCCCAUCUUCCAGUGGGGCCCUGAGUAUAAUGUCAAGCUUCUCAAGUCUGAUAUCAUCUCUGGCCUCACUAUUGCCAGCCUUGCAAUUCCUCAGGGCAUCAGUUAUGCAAAGCUUGCAAGUUUGCCUCCAAUUGUUGGGCUAUACUCAAGCUUUGUGCCUCCCCUGAUAUAUUCUGUGCUGGGGAGUUCUAGGCAUCUUGCUGUUGGGCCAGUUUCAAUAGCUUCCUUAGUUAUGGGAUCAAUGUUAAGCGAGGCUGUUUCUAGCACUGAGGAGCCAAUUCUUUAUCUCAAAUUGGCUUUCACAGCCACCUGUUUUGCUGGCCUUUUCCAGGCUUCUCUGGGUCUGCUAAGGUUAGGGUUUAUAAUCGAUUUUCUCUCAAAGGCAACUCUGAUUGGGUUCAUGGCGGGUGCUUCAGUCAUUGUGAUCUUGCAACAACUGAAAGGGUUGCUUGGAAUUGUCCACUUCACCACCAAAAUGCAAUUCUUUUCUGUCAUGUCCUCCAUUUUCAACCACAGAGGAGAGUGGUCAUGGCAAACCAUUGUAAUGGGCUUCAUCUUCCUGGUGUUUCUAUUCACAACAAGACAUAUUAGCAAAACAAAACCAAAACUCUUUUGGGUUGCAGCAGCUGCUCCAUUAACAUCAGUUAUCAUUUCCACAGUUCUAGUCUUCUUCCUCAGUUCAAAAAAUCCUCAUAUCUCAGUUAUUGGCCAUUUGCCAAAGGGUCUUAACCCACCUUCAUCAAACAUGCUAUAUUUCAAUGGCCCUUUCCUUGCUCUUGCUAUCAAAACUGGGAUCAUAACUGGGAUCUUGUCUCUCACAGAAGGGGUUGCUGUGGGAAGAACAUUUGCAGCUCUUAAAAACUACCAAGUUGAUGGAAACAAAGAAAUGAUGGCUAUUGGGCUCAUGAACAUCUGCGGUUCUUGCUCUUCAUGCUAUGUUACCACAGGUUCAUUCUCUAGAUCUGCAGUAAACUACAAUGCUGGAGCAAAAACAGUAGUUUCAAACAUUAUCAUGGCGUCAGCUGUGCUUGUGACUCUGCUGUUUCUGAUGCCACUGUUCUACUAUACCCCCAAUGUUAUCUUGGCAGCCAUCAUCAUCACCGCUGUGAGCGGGACUGAUCGACUACCAAGCUGCAUACCGGUUGGGGUAUCAAUUUUCAAGAUAUUGCUUCAUGUCACCAGGCCAAACACUAUGGUUCUAGGAAAUAUUCCAAGAACACAAACAUUCCAGAAUCUCAAUAGAUACAGAGAAGCUUUAAGGAUCCCUUCUUUUCUCAUACUAGCGGUUGAGGCACCCAUCUACUUUGCAAAUACAACUUACCUACAAGAAAGGAUAUUAAGAUGGGUUCGGGAGGAAGAAGAGAGGAUCAAAGCAAGCAAUGAGAGCACUUUAAAAUGUAUAAUUUUGGACAUGACAGCUGUGACAGCCAUAGACACUAGUGGUACCGACAUGAUGUUUGAACUCAGAAAGAUGCUGGAUAAAAGAUCACUUCAGCUUGUGUUGGCAAAUCCUGUGGGAACUGUGAUGGAAAAGCUACAACAAUCAAAAACUUUGGAGUCGUUUGGAUUGAAUGGAGUCUAUCUUACAGUCGGCGAAGCUGUAGCUGACAUUUCAUCAGCUUGGAAGGCUCAACCAUGA